GAAGAGCUGAAGCCCGAGCCAGUCACUGGGAGCGAGCGCGCAGCCCAGCCUGGCGGGCGACGAGUGGCCCUGGUCCGGCGGGGACACGGGGCGUGGGAACAAGCGCGGGGCGUGGGGGGCUGUCCCGGACCCACCAUGAACACCAAGAAGAAAGGGAGCCCCGCGCGGACUCAUUCCAUGAUGUCCCUGUCGGUGCGGCCGCAGCGCCGCCUGCUCAGCGCCCGGGUCAAUAGGAGCCAGUCCUUCGCAGGCGUCCUCGGCAGCCACGAGCGGGGGCCCAGGAGCUUCCCGGCCUUCAGUCCCCCGGGGCCCCCGCGGAAGGCCCCUGCGCUCUCUCGAGUGUCCAGGAUGUUUGCAGUGGCGCACCCAGCCCCCAAGGUCCCGCAGCCAGAGCGGCUGGACCUGGUGUACGCUGCGCUCAAGCGGGGCCUGACGGCCUAUUUGGAAGUACACCAGCAGGAGCAGGAGAAACUCCAAGUGCAGAUAAAGGAAUCCAAGAGGAAUUCCCGCCUGGGCUUCCUGUAUGACUUAGACAAGCAAGUCAAGUCCAUUGAACGCUUCAUGCGACGGCUGGAGUUCCAUGCCAGCAAGAUCGACGAGUUAUAUGAGGCAUACUGUGUCCAGCGGCGUCUCCGGGAUGGUGCCUCCAACAUGGUCCGUGCCUACACCACCGGGUCCCCAGGGAGCCGUGAGGCCCGGGACAGCUUGGCCGAGGCCACUCGCGGGCAUCGAGAGUACACAGAGAGCAUGUGUCUGCUGGAGAGUGAGCUGGAGGCACAGCUGGGAGAGUUCCAUCUCCGGAUGAAAGGACUGGCUGGCUUCGCCAGGCUGUGUGUGGGUGAUCAGUAUGAGAUCUGCAUGAAAUACGGGCGUCAGCGCUGGAAACUACGAGGCCGCAUUGAGGGUAGUGGAAAGCAGGUGUGGGACAGUGAGGAAACCGUCUUUCUUCCUCUGCUCACGGAAUUCCUGUCCAUCAAGGUGACAGAGCUGAAGGGCCUGGCCAACCACGUGGUUGUAGGCAGCGUCUCCUGCGAGACCAAGGACUUGUUUGCCGCCCUGCCCCAGGUUGUGGCUGUGGACAUCAAUGACCUCGGCACCAUCAAACUCAGCCUGGAAGUCACAUGGAGCCCCUUCGACAAAGAUGACCAGCCCUCAGCUGCUGCUUCUGUCAACAAGGCCUCCACAGUCACCAAGCGCUUCUCCACCUAUAGCCAGAGCCCACCGGACACUCCCUCGCUUCGGGAACAGGCCUUCUAUAAUAUGCUGAGGCGGCAGGAGGAGCUGGAGAAUGGGACAGCAUGGUCCCUGUCAUCCGAAUCUUCGGACGAUUCAUCCAGUCCGCAGCUCUCGGGCAGUGCCCGCCACUCCUCAGCCCCAAAGCCCCUGGUGCAGCAGCCUGAGCCUCUGCCCAUCCAAGUUGCCUUCCGUAGGCCUCAGACCCCCACCUCCGGGCCCACGGAUGAGGAGGGAGCCAUGGCCCCAGUCCUGGCCAAUGGGCAUGCCCCCUACAGCCGGACUCUCAGCCACAUCAGUGAGGCCAGUGUGGAUGCUGCCUUGGCUGAAGCUUCAGUAGAGGCCGAGGGUCUAGAAAGCCAGGGACCUAACCCACCUGCACACCCAGAUCCCACCCAUAGGGAGCAUCCUGGUCCUGACCCUCUUGCCCUGGACCCCGGCCAUUCUGCCACAAGCCCCACUCCCAGUGCAAUAGGCCCUGCUCACACAUCUACAGACCCUGUCCCAUCUGCAUAUCUAAACUCUCUCCACAAGACUCCAGACUCUAGCUCUCCUGAACUGCCAGGUCCCGCCCACACCACUUCAAGCUCUACCUGCAGUGCCAUAAGCCCUACCAGCAGUGCUCCAAGCGUCACUCACACUGUCACAGGCUCUACCCACAAGCCCAAGCCCUCCACCCUCACUGCUACAGGCCCUACCCCCAUUGCCAUGGACUCAGGCCAGGCCACAAGUCCCACCCACAAGUCAGUGCUUUCUACCCUCACUAUUGCAGGUCCUAGCCCCAACACUACAAGCCCAGUCCAGACCACAAGCCCCAGCCACACUGUCACAAACCUGACAAAUAUUGUCACAAGCCCCACCAUCAAGCCCAUACUCUCUACCCCCACUACUACAGGCCCUAGCCCCAACCCUACAAGCCCAGUCCAGACCACAAGCCCCAGCCACACUGUCACAAACCUGACAAAUAUUGUCACAAGCCCCACCGUCAAACCCAUAUUCUUUACCCCCACUACUACAGGCCCUACACCAAGUGCCCAGAGCCCAGCCCAGCCUACCACAAUGCCCACCCACACCACCACAAGCCCCACCCACACCACCACAAGCCCCACCCACACCACCACAAGCUCCACCCAUACCACAAGCUCCACCCACACUACCGCAAGCCCUACUCCCAAAGCCAGUAUGUCAGCUCAAACUACUGUAAGUCCAACCACCGAUGCUAAGGACCCAGUCCAGACCACCAGAAGCCCCACCUACCCUGUCACAAGCCCCACCCUUAUAACUGUAAACCCUUCCACUUCUCUAGACCUCGCCACGCUCCCCAGCCCCUCUGCACACACAGACCCCAACCCACUGUCCCAUAGCCAUCCAGCUUCCACUCCCUGCACUCAGGCAGAUCCCAUAGCCCCAAGCACCUCUGACCCAAGCCCUGCCUGCUCCAGUUUGGAACCCCCUACAAGCCCUUCCCCAGGCCCCCCAGAGCCCAUCCUUCAGAACCCAAGCCCCCCUCCCUCACCCUUAACCGUUGGGCCCCAGCAUUCAGACUUUAGCCUGGCCACGACUGCCCAGGCCCCAGUUCCAGGAGCAACGGGAGGAGCUGGAGACAGGAGGCUGGAGGAGGCACUGGGGGCCCUAAUGGCUGCUCUGGAUGACUAUCGUGGCCAGUUCCCAGAGCUGCAGGGCCUGGAGCAGGAGGUGAUCCGCCUGGAGAGUCUGCUCAUGCAGAGACAAGGCCUGACUCGCAGCCGGGCCUCCAGUCUUAGCAUCACUGUGGAGCAUGCCCUGGAGAGCUUCAGCUUCCUCAACGAGGAUGAAGAUGAAGACAACGAUGGUCCUGGAGACAGGCCCCCAAGCAGCCUGGAGCCUAAGGCUGAAGACAGCCUCAACUCACCCAGUGCCCGCCCCCUCAGCACGGAGUGUCCAGCUCUGGACACUGCCUUGGUCCAGCACCUGUACUACUGCAGCCGCCUCCUGCUGAAACUGGGCACAUUUGGGCCGCUACGCUGUCAGGAGGCAUGGGCCCUGGAGCGACUGCUGCGGGAGGCCCGAGUGCUCGAGGUGGUAUGCGAGCUUAGCAGGCGAUGGGAAAUCCCUGCUACUUCUGCUCAGGAAGUGGUGCAGUUCUCAGCCUCUCGGCCUGGCUUCCUGACCUUCUGGGACCAGUGCACAGAGGGACUUAGCCCCUUCAUCUGCCCUGUGAAGCAGGUGCUCCUCACCUUCUGCAAUCAGUACGGUGCCCGGCUCUCCCUGCGCCAGCCAGGCUUAGCUGAGGCUGUGUGUGUCAAGUUUCUGGAGGAUAUGCUGGGGCAGAAGCUGCCCAGGAGGCCCCAGCCAGGCCCUGGAGAGCAGCUCACUGUCUUCCAGUUCUGGAGUUAUGUGGAAACCCUGGACAGCCCCUCUAUGGAGGCCUAUGUGACGGAGACCGCUGAGGAAGUGUUACUGGUGCAGAAUCUGAACUCAGAUGAUCAGGCUGUUGUGCUCAAGGCCCUGAGGUUGGCACCUGAGGGGCGGCUACGAAGGGACGGGCUUCGGGCCCUCAGCUCCCUGCUCGUCCAUGGCAACAACAAGGUCAUGGCUGCUGUCAGCACCCAGCUCCGGAGCCUGUCGCUAGGCCCUGCCUUCCGGGAAAGGGCCCUACUGUGCUUCCUGAACCAACUCGAGGAUGAGGACGUGCAGACGAGAGUGGCUGGCUGCCUGGCCUUAGGCUGCAUCAAGGCUCCUGAGGGCAUUGAGCCCCUGGUGUACCUGUGCCAAACGGACACAGAAGUCGUGAGGGAAGCUGCUCGGCAGAGCCUGCAACAGUGUGGGGAAGAGGGACAGUCUGCCCACCGACGGCUAGAAGAGUCGCUGGACGCCCUGCCCCGCAUCUUCGGGCCCGGCAGCAUGGCCAGCACGGCCUUCUAAACUCCCCACACACUGGCUCUCAGUGCCACAUCCCCCCACUUUCAGGGCUCACCAGGUGGCAGGGAGGGUGAGGGCUGGUUCCAGACACCCCUCCCCCAUGUAUUCCUAUCCAUGAAAAUCUAAUAUAUUCUUCAGUUGCCCUUGGGGUUGGUAGAGUCAGUGCCUGCAGUCAAGUGCCUCCCAGCCUCAGCUCAGCACACUUGCCACAGAUCAGUGCCCCGGGCCUGGCCGUCCUGCCUCUGCCCCAUCACCUCCCUUGGUUUUGUAUUUUAUUUACAGAGUUUUACAGAAAAUAAAAAAGCAAAAUGCCUUUCCUACAUG